GCUGUCCCUGACGUCAUACAGGAAGUGGACAUAGGGACGUUAGGGCUUCUUCUGUGGUUGAGCAGCUGUCCGAAAGAGUUAUUGAAAGGAAAGUGUGUGAAGCGCGGAAGAGAUGUGCACUUUUGAUAAGGAGAAAGGGCCUGGCAGGCUGAUGAAAAUGGGAUUGACUCUCAUACUGGUCGGCCAUAUUAAUUUCAUACUUGGUGCUAUCGUCCAUGGGAAUGUUCUUCGUCACAUUUCCAAACCGAGCCAGCACAUCAGCACAGAGUACACUGUGACCAACAUCAUCUCUGUCACCUCUGGCCUGCUCAGCAUUGCCACAGGGAUAAUUGCCAUUGUGAUGUCAAGGAACCUUCAUGUGUUACAACUGCAAAUAGGACUUCUAAUAGCCUCCGUCCUGAAUGCCCUGCUCUCAGCUGCAUGUUGUGUUGGGUUCUUCUUAGCCAUCAGUAUUACUGUUGCCCACAAUGGGCAGGGUUUGAUGCUGGGAUGCAAUGACACAGAAGUGCCAAUCAAUGCUCGGUCACCGGUCAGUGCCCGAUGCCCGUUUGAUACAACACGAAUCUAUGACACCACCAUGGCUCUGUGGGUCCCCUGUACUGGGUUAGCAGCGUUUGAGACUGGACUGUCUGUCUGGUGUUUCAUUGUUGGAUUGGCUCUCAGAGGGGUGGAGCUGUGUGGGAAGAGCUACAUCAAAGAGCAGGUGUGUGUGUCUUUGUGCAUUGGGGCGGGUAGGUAUCUUUUGAAGGGUGUAACUGCUGCUGUGAGUCUAUCCGUACCUUUGUCUGACCCAGACCUCAACACACAACUUAUCCCCUCUCAUCAACUACUAGCGAGUCUGUCACACUCUGUUUCCCUGAAUUGAAAGAGUAUAAACCACUUUAUUUAACACUGACUGAUCCUGUUUGUCUCUCAUCCAGUUGGAGUGUUCUCCCCACAGCCAGAACCUGAUUGGACAGCGCUCAAACCUUGACGCCUAACUGAACAAAAAAGAAGGAAGGACUCCACUCCAUAGACAAGCACACCUAAAUCCCACAGGCAUGCUUCUUAUUGAGACUAGAUUUUAUUUAGUAGUCAGCUAGACAGAAGUAAAAUCUGUUCUCAACAAACUGUUUUUGGCUUUGUGGUAUCACAAUGCAUCAUACCAAUGGCUGUUUGCUUUCAUCUUCAUACCAAACAGCUAACCCUAACUCUUCAAUUGUUAAUUCAUUAACGGUUAAUCACAUAAUGUGCCUCUGAAGGUGGUGCUUUUUAUAAUGUAAUGAAGAUAUUAUUGUCUGAAGAUUGGGAUCAAGUUUAAAUGCUAAAAUGAGAUAUACUCCUUUGUUUAUGAAGUUCCUUUUUUAAAAUCUUGUGAGAAUCUGUUUUAAAGUAUAUUUUAGCUUCUAUGGACUUUAUUUCAAUGUUUUUAAUAUUUGACAUUUUGCUGAGACUCUUAAGCACUCCAAAGUUCUGUUUCUCAGACCAUACUCACCAAUGUUUGACCACAAAUCAUUGUGUUUUUUGCCAUCGGUUUCUGCUCAUCAAGUAAACUAUAAUUUUAGACAUAUUAUGGAAAUUGUGAUGCAUGCAAUGGAAUACCAAAUUAUUUUUUUUACUAUGUUUAUGUGCAGUAUUUGGCUUCAAAUUAAAUUGGAAGUUCUUAAUUGGACUUCUUGGAUUUGCAUUGAACUAGUCCAUUCUAAGGACCUCAUAGGUGUGACACAUGAUUUUCCACUUCUACUUGAUGAUGUAGUCAAACCAUUGACUAGUUGAAAGUAGCUUUACUAGUACAACAUUUGUAUCUAUUUAUGUAUCUUUUCUUUGUUUUUCUCUAACCACGUCUUUAUUUGUUAUGCUUAUGCUAUUUACAAGAAUAAGCUUCAUAUACUUUUUUGUUGCAUUCAUAUCUAGUAACUGACGCAGUGAUGAAAUGAUUACAGAGGAGAAACUGAAAUAACAAAUUUAGAUCUCCUUCCCUGUAAGCAUGGAGUUGCAGUAGGUCUCAUAAAUGCAGUGCCAUGGAGAUUUUGUGAGUAUGUUCUUGUUUUUGGUUGUUUUUUUGGAAAAAUGCUUUGACCAGCUGAAAUUGAGCAUAAUCUGGAUUGCAGCAGAGCUGUGUGUUGAUGCGUGCAUUAGUGUAUGUACAGUAUUGCGGUUGAAUGUCAAGUGGGGUCAUGUAAAGAGGUUAAAUCAGUAUGUGGGCCAGCUGCCUCAGCUGGCAUAGAACCCCCCACAAGUCAACGACAGAGAAGAUCAGAUCAGCCAUGAAACGGUUAAUCUAGAGCUGUGCUCAAUUGUGUGGAACGGAAUCAUAGCACGCAGUCCUAAUCCUGAGGCUGUAAGGGAUAAAUAUUGACAUCGUGUUGACGGAUACAAUCACAACAUCUCUGUGUGGCCGUUUCAGUCAUGGUUCAUGCUUUUCAGAAAGAAAUCUACAUUAAAAAAGUAUUGAGUAGGAUGUUGUCCAUCUUUAAAUCUACUAUAAUAAUUUUAAUGUGAAUAGCUGACCAUUUAGUCUUACUCACUUGUGAUAAGGUAUUCAGUAUAACUUGGCCUAUCAGCGACAUAUUUGAAAACUUAAAUUGAAUGCAAAUAGUUAAUUGACUUUAUCUCUGCUCUAUGAUUAUCACCAUAAAGACAUUUUUAUGGCAAUCUGAAUAUACUUAUAGGUAUAUAAAUUCGCACACAAAUUUUCAAAAUAAUCUCAAUUUAAUUGUUAAUUAAAUUAUUUGAAUAUGUGAUAGUCUAACAGGACUUUUGACUUUCCUAAUGAUUCAGCCUAUAACUGUGGAAUCCCUAACAGAAGUUUUUAAACAUUGACCAUAUUUAUUUCUCUUUAAUUUUUUAAUCAACUCAUGUGGAUGUUCUGCACAUUUCAUUUUUUGACUGCAAUUUUGUACAAUUCUAUAAUUUGAAUGAAUGUAUGUUUUGAAUAAAAUUUUACCAUAAUGUUACCUUUAUGGUCAUAUUCUGCUUUACAGUAGGUUGACACCAAGGUUACCGGAAGGCUGCUGGCCCAUCUUGUACCGAGCCACUGAGAGAUUUAAUUAUAGUUUUGCCUUCUCUUCAGUGAUAGAUGUUUUUUCAAUUGUGUAUUCACCCUUUGUGUCUUGUCAGACACUAUCUAUGGUGGAAUUUCAUUUAAGCCCUAAAAGUCUCCAUUUGACCCUGAGGAGGAUGAUGAGUUCCUGCUGGCUCAUGUGCUUUUGAGUCCUUGGGCACAUAUUUGUCACCCAAGAAGUGUUUUGCUUAGUGUAUAUUCUUUUAAACGUAAACCCACGAAAUUGUAAUUAAAAAUAUAUAUUUGAAACAGAUCAUUAAAAUAAAAUCCUUUUCAUCAAGAAUAA